GGUUACCUGUCGCGGUGUUUAAGCGCACGUGAUUUAGGCCGAACAACGCCGCACCAGCUAUUAGCGUGAUCUUGAUAGAUCUUGCUUGUUUUGGCUCUAUGAUCCUCGCUUUUUUGACACACCCCAGCUGUAUCUCGCCCCUGCGCCCGCCACGAUGUCUCCCAUUCUCAAGAGAGACAUAGGCGAACAGUUUCGCCAAGCCCGAAAACUCGCAGCAGCUGCCUCUGGCAUCGCCCACCACGACGACCAUUCCUACAACCCCCCGUACGAAGGGCAGCCAGAAGAUCGGAUAUACAAGUCCGGACAACCAACAAGCGGAGGUAUAGCGGGGUCGUAUGCUUCAAGCUCAUCGGCGCGGCAAGGUAUAGGAGUCGAGAGGAACGAGAUAGAGGACGAUCAUGGAUUCAGAGAAGCUAGAUGGCUGGACACGAAAUUAGAAAUUGGGGAUGGCAAAGGCAAGCUGAGACAAGCAGAGAGUGAUUCUGGAGACGAGGUCGACAACCUGACGGGUGGUCGUCCGUCAAGUGAAAGCUGGAUAGAGGAGGCGCCCUCAGAUCAUGGGGUCCCGAGAACGAGCUUCGGAUAUGCCGAGCCUGACCUCUACUCUGAUGCGAAUGUCGGAAGCCCUGCCAAGUGGAGAGAUUUUGUCAGUCUUGUAAUCGAGUCAACGUGUUCGUUAUUACUAUCACUGGUCGGCCUUGUGUUCACCGGGGAGCUGUUGGAGCAUCUAGCUCGCUGGGAGGUCUUUCGCAGAGUAGAUGAGCUCUUCAUCCUGGUCCCCAUGAUCGGCAACCUCAAAGGCAAUCUUGAAAUGUGCCUCUCUGCCCGUCUUGGUACCUCUGCCAAUAUUGGUGAACUGGACCACCGUCAAACCCGCAAAACGAUGCUCGUCGCAAACAUGACCCUCCUCGGCCUACAAUCUCUCCUCAUCAGCUGUGUUGCUGCUAUUCUAAGUUUUGCCCUUGGUUUGGUGACGGUGCAUCGUUUGGGUGAUUCUCCAGAGGGCGUCAGCUAUAAUAGCACCGUACCGGGAUUAGAUCCCGGUUUGGAGAGCGCGGACCAAGAGUGGCAUGAAGGGUAUACAAGACCCGGAUGGAAGCAGCUGGUCAUGGUGCUGGCGACUGGGAUGGGAUCUGCGGGCAUCAGCAGUGCCGUCCUGGGAUCUUUUAUGGGUAGUUUGAUCAUCGUCUCAAGAUGGGCCGGAACAGAUCCAGACAAUAUCACUCCACCACUCGCUGCCUGUCUAGGUGACCUUCUCACGCUAUUCAUCCUCGCACUCCUCGGCACUGCCCUGGUCCAUACCAUGGACACCAUACUUCCACUAUGCCUUCUUAUCAUCAUGUCUGUCGCGGCCGGCUGGUUCACCAAACGCGUCAUGCGCAACCAAUGGGUCAAAGAGGUGGCCAGGGGCGGUUGGGUGCCACUCAUUGGAGCUAUGUUAAUUUCAAGCGGGACGGGGAUGGUGCUUGCCAAGGGUGUGGGGAGAUACAGGGGAUUCGCACUCCUGGCAAUCUCGAUGACGGGGCUUACGGGCUCUAUCGGCGCUAUACACGCAAACCGUCUUUCCACCCAGUUACACACCCUCCUCCACCCCACUCACCCGCAUCCCCGACCCCUCGCUCAUGAAACUGCGCCUCACCCUGGUCUCUCUCCUUUACAAAGCGCAAUCACACUGUGUGCCAUUGGGUUCCCUUGUCAGGCGGCGUUCUUGUUGAUCGUGAGAUGGGCGGGGUGGAUAGACAUGAGUCUGGGGUGGAUCGGAUGGGUGGUUUUUGCCUUGACUAUCUUGAUUUCCAUUACGAUGGCUCACUACAUGACUUUGUUCUUCUGGUCAAAGAACCUCGAUCCAGACUCCUAUACCCUCCCUAUACAUUCUGCCCUUGUAGAUUUCCUGGGGCAGCUUUUGCUGAUGGUCGCCUACGAGAUUUGCAUCUCGCAAGGCAAAGAUGUCAUGGUGCCGCCAACAGGGGCUGAUCCAUGAUCAUAUUUGCAUGGAUUAUUUGUAUGGCUACAAGCAACCAUAGUAUCCUGUAUAUAUAUGUACAAUUAGUGUAAAAGUGGAACCAUAGAUUUUACAUGCAUCUGCUGCUG